AUGGCCACUGUAUUAUCUAUCGCUGAUGUUGAGGUCGGGAUGGAGAAGUGGACAGCGAAGGUUACUGCCCAGGAGAAACAGCAGGUUACCUCAUCGAUUAGCACACCAACUAGGAACCAAAAAUUUAUCUUUAUUGAUUUUGAGGGAUCAAAGGUUGAAGGAAUCAUCUUUAAUUCUGACAUUGCUAUAAUGAGCCCCAGAAUAGAGGUUUACAAAAAAUACCUCAUCUCCAAUGCUCAGGUGAAAAGGAUCCUAGAUAACUUUAGAACCACUGAGCUGACAAAGCAAUGGAUAAUCACCAGUCGCACUAUUAUUGAAGAGAUUGUAGACGAUGAGGAUGUUAUAGCUGCAAAGUUUACGUAUACCAAAUUUAGGGACUUGGCACAGUACAUGGAUCGAAAGGACAUUUCUGUUGGCUUACUUUUACAGUUCCUCUCACUAGAUAUUAUGGGAAUUGUUAUUGUUGCGUUGGAUGAAAGGAAUGUCACAAUUAAUUCAAAAGAAGCACGAGUCCAGAAGCUUGUCAUUGUUAAUGAAGAAUUGCAGACACUUAUGCUGUCUAUGUGGAAUGCUUUUAUUGAUAAUGAAGGCUCCAAGAUUAUCUCGGACAUUCAGAACUAUCCUGUUCUUAUUGGAAGAAGGCUAAAUGUUCAAAAUUACAAUGGCGUAGCUCUUUCUACUUGGUUUGAUUCAGCAGUCCUUGUGAAUCCACCUAUUCAGGAAGCAAUGGAGCUCAAGAACUGUCAGAAAGACUUAAGAGCUGGUUUCACUCUUAUAAUUUUCGAUCUCAGGGCAAGUAGAAAUGCCAAAUGCCUUGCAGACAUUGUCGAAAAGCGAACUUACAAUCGAUACAAUCCUGAUAUCUCCUGCCAAGCAGAUCAAAAAACUACUGAUAUAUCAAAGAUCAGCUCAAAACACAAGAAUGUGUGGGUCAAAGCAUCGUUUUCAUUUGAAAACAUCUUCCAAAAAUUUUGGUACAUCGGGUGCGAAAAAUGCUUCGGCUCCACGUCUGCGGAUUAUGGUGCUCAGUUCAUGUGUAAUACUUGUAAACAAAAGCACAAGGCUGAACCAAGGUGUAAAUUUGAUGUUGACCUCUCUGAUGACACUGGAAUAGUCACAGCCACACUAUUUGGUGAUUUAGCUGAAAAACUGCUAACGUUCACAGCAAAAGAAGCAAUGGAGCAUUAUUUUCAGAAUACAGCCUUACCGCUUGAAAUUUUGCAUGAGGACAUAAAAUCAAAAAAAUUCCUUGCCUGCAUAAGACCUGUACAAGUUCCCUUGGCUGAUGCAAAACAACGCUUCACAAUGGUAUACUAUAAAGAAGUUUCUCAUGACCAAGUUUCUAUUAUAGACUCCAGUGAACAGACCUUGAUUUCUCCUUCAGCAGGCGAAACGUCUUCUUCCAAAGCUAAAGUUUGUCUCCUUCAAAAACUUGACGCGUCUGCUGAAAAUAUGCAAUUAAGCUCUGAAGCUCUUCAGAGCAGCCCCAGGAAAAAGCCCAGACAAGCUUAG